GACUACGUGUGUCCGUCCAUCUUGGCAAUGCUGGUCGUAUGCCUCGCACUCCAGAAGUACGAUCGUAUGCCUCGUCCUCUAGUCUGUUAGAUGCUAGUACAACGAAGCUCAACUCUCUACUCUUUCCAUACGAGCAUAUACUGAACGCCACCUCUGAACUGCAAACUGGUAGUGACGUUGCGUACAACUGAGGCUAGAAGUCCACCUCCGUACAGUAAAGCAUAACCGAAGUAGUACAAGUCCAACAGCAUAACCGAAGAACAAGAACUGUAGUCUCGACGUCCAAGAACAGUCUACUGAUAUUCCAGAAAGUUUCGUCCUCAUAAUUUUCUUCGCAUAAUAUUCUUACCGAAGUACUUACCAGCACCCCGGACCUGGAUGUCAUGAAUGCUAAAUCUACGCUGAACCGAAUAAAACCAGUUCCCACUUGUUGAACUUUCUUCUCCCACCAACUUCUAGUGUUUCUACUGUCCCACGUUGCCUCUAGAAAUAAGAAGCAGUAAGGAACUUCUGUCGGAAGAAGGAAGUCCUGUAACAGAAUCAACAGAAGUGAUUGCGUCGUAACAAAAACAAACGGCCUUCACGAGGACAAAAAAAAAUGUCGGGCAAGGAGGUCGUCACGACUUUGCCGCAGAAGAAGACCAAGGGUGCAGGGUCGCGGCGGGUUGAUGCCGAGGAGGAGCACUUGCGGGAUUUGUCGAACGCCAUUGUUUAUCCUGGAAAAGAAUGCACUACAACAUCACCUCUCGAGUAGAAGCAGGGAAAUGUAAUAAGUUGGCAAGGGGGCUUUACUUCGGUCUUGCGAUGCAUAGAAGCAUGACAAACUACACUUCCGCACGAGAUGAAAGCAGGUCGUGGUCUUUCGGUUGAAAUUGAAUCAAUAGUAAUCAGCAUGACAGAAUUCCAUAUCGCUUGCCCCUGCGCAUCACAAAUACAGUCUGCCAUGAUUCAGUUUCUCUGGUUGGUGAGAGAUGGUGAAGAUAUGUUUGCCGCGCAUAGCAGAACCUCUGCCGAGUACAAAGAAAUGACGGGUUUUCGGCAGGAAUGCCACGAAUAUGCAUUGCAAAUAUGUCUGGGUCUGGAAGAGUGUAACUUGUCAUGCUACAUCUGGAUCGUGGAAAAAUUUGUGUUGCAUGAUUACCAAAAGAGGUCCACUUUUGAACAAGUUUAGAGGCAGUUUCUCAUGCAGAAAAGGCAUGAUAGAGAUCUCGCAGAACCUGUCAUGCUAGGCCGUGCAUGCCAGACGGCGGGGGUCAUGGAAAACCUGUAUGACAAACCUAGCACUCUUCCAGACCCAGACAUUUUUGCAUUUGAUAACGAAGAGGAGGUCGCAAAAAUCGUCAAAGUCCGGGGGUUGAUCGGUAUGUUGGUUUUACAGGUUCAUCCUUUCAGGAGUUGCAGUAGAGUACAAGAACUGCAGGUGGAUAGAUAUGAGAUGAGAUGAUCUGUCUGUCAUGCAGAAAGACCAGAGUAUUUUUUACGAUUUGCAAUUAUGAUGCGGGUAAAAGAGCUUUUGCUUUGAAGAUGCAGGCGCUUCUCAUAUUAUCGGCACGAGAAACUACCCCGGGAUGCUUGUAUCCAUUUGGCCAUCUGCGCUUUGCUUGGUUAUGUUUCGGCAGUAGUGAUCUGCUGGUGAUUACAAAUAGAAUGGAGCCUUUGGAAGACAUGCACCGAAAACAAUUUCGCUAAACAGAAAACUUCCCGGACGGGCCGCUGCUGCAGUACCGACGAUCGUUGAAGCGCAGCACGAGCAGCCUGUUACUGGACCUUGACAUCUAUGCAUUGCAAAUAUGAUUGGACGAUCUGGAACUACGAGAGUGCAAGGUUUUCAUGUUUGUCUUGCAUCAGAAGUGAAGAGUUUGUGACGCGUCGUGCGUAAGCAGAGACAAAAAUACCCGUUUGCUUGACAUGCACAAGCGCAGUUUUUCAUGCGGAAAACGCAACACCUAGCGGCCGCGCAAAUAGUUCUCAUGCACGGCUGUGCAUCACAGCCCAUUCAUUAUCAUUUGUCACAACCCACAAUUACAUAUUUUCCAGACAUGAUCCGGGAAUAUUUGCAUUGGAUAAUGGGUACGAUAUCGCCACGCGGGAGGGGAACAAGAAGCGAGUUGCCCACAUGGCCCGGUCCAGUCCCUGGUUCAAGAAAAAUUUCGGGCCGUUGGCAAGUACUUUUUUGAAACAAAAAUUUUGAUUUUCACAAGUUCGCUCCGGGAGAAGAAAAAGAGUUCUAUUUUGAUGUCAUGCUGAUUGAUGUCGAGCAGGUGAAAAAUAGGUUUCUGUUUUUUGCAAUAUAAAAAAGCCGCUUUGAAAACAACAAUUCUUUACGAACUACUUCAAAACAGACAUUUCGAAAAACCCCUCCGCUCCGGGAUUCCUCACCUUCAACCGGGAAGAUGCCCCUGCUCCGGGGAGCCAGCGGGUAUUCCAUCGCAACAGCAUCUACGUCCGCGAGCCCAGCACGUACCUAUCGAUUGCAAAUUUCGAUCUGGGUCUGGGAGAUUGCGAGACUUGUCAUGCUAGUCUGGCAUGACUCCGGGAUCUGUAUUGCGGGGAAACCAAGUACUAGAGCUCCUCUUGAUUGUCAUGCAAAUACACAGUUAAUUCUAUCGUGCGGAAUACGCAACACAGAACCAUGAAAAUAAAACUUGUCAUGCUUGGCGGCGCAUUACAGGAGUGUGCUUACUAUUCAGUGACUUGCAUCACAACUUCCCAGACCCAGACAUAUUUGCAUUUGAUAGUACAGGAAUCCAGCGCUGACGAAAACGAACUACGCACUGGUCAUUCCGCUGGACCAGGACUAA